AAAUACAUUACUAGUAAACCAAGUCCCUUUAUUGAUAGCCCUCUAUUUUUACAUGUUUUCUAUUUUCACCGUUUUUUCCUAAGAAAAGGAAGGUUUAUUAAAUUUUUUUUUUAAUUGAUCUUUACUUACCUUAAUAGUUAACUUUUUUUCUGAAAGUGUAAAGGUGUUUUAUUAUGGUGUGAUCGUAAUUUAAAACUGUACAAACGCUUAUUUUUUUUUUGGCGAAUUAAUUUUAGGUUUUAUUACAAGGCAGGUUAGAUUUUUAGGCAGGGCAAAUAUAUUUUAUUGUGUAGUGUUGGAACUUUGUUUGAAAUAAUGAUGGAUAUACGGUUGCCGAGACUGAAGAAGUGUUGUUGUUGUGUACCUCUGAGAGUUGGAUCACUCGUGAUUGGAUAUAUUUCUAUAGUAUUUUCCCUGCUCUCCAUAAGUGCUGUAUCGUUCUCUCUCUACAGAGUGAUCGUAUUCGUUUCAACUCACAAAAAUGAACCAGUUCCGGAUCACACGCCUGAAGAAAUGACUAGAAUCGCUCAGAGCCUUUAUAUUACACACGCAUAUCUUUUACUGGUGUAUCUGUAUUACCUAAUAAUAAGCUUACUACUCAUAGUUGGCGUUCACAUGAACAAAUCAAUUUACAUGAAAACAUACUAUAACAGUGGGUUGUUCUUGCUUGUAUUAGCACUGGCGACUGUGAUCGUUUCCGCCGUAUUUUUACACUUCAUUGCGACGAUCACUCUACUCAAGUGGUGUGUGAUUAUUUUUUACUGUCUCCUGGUGGUACGCAGCGCAUAUUUAGAACUCGAAGAACAAAACAAACCGAGAGAUUUUGAAAUGCAAAACCUUUAUAUUCCUCAUCGAGCACCGCUUUUAUUGUAAUUAUUAAAAUAAUUAUUUAAUAAAUUCAUACUUUA